AAUUUUGAAUCGCUGUCUGCAUUUCACGUACGCUCACAACACUUUCAUUUGCCACACAAACACACAACUCAUUUAUAAGUAAAAUAUCAAUACUUUUAACAGGAAAGUCAUGUCUAAAGGAGAUCUACAGGACUGUAUGGAAUCGGAAAGCUGUUUCCGGGGCGUAAAGAUCACCUUGAUCAUAUUGCACUCGUUGUCCAUCAUAUUCCUGAUAAUCGGCGCCAUUUUGGUCACUAUUCUUCUAACGGCAGCGUCGGCACAGGUUGAUAAAAAUACGGCCUCCACUACAUACACCGGCAAUCGAGCUAGC